UACAAUGGUAAACAGCUGAUUGACUGCUGGAAUGCAAUAAAACGCAAAACAAAUGAAAGAAACAAAUAAAUGUUGCGAGGGGUGGCGGUGGCAGCAGGUGUGUUCAUGCCAACAAAAACCUGUUUUCGAGUCAAGAGCAAACAAACAAAACAGCAUACCGCGUUGCAAACUGUAAAAGUGUGCCGUCAACGAAGAAGCAGCACCAGCAGAAGCAGAAGCAGCGCAGCCAACGUCAAGCUCGAGCAGCGACUGUGAUUUCACUUUUCAACAGUUGCCAGCAGAGAGCAGCAAACGAGCGCACGGAUCAGCAGAAGCCAGCAUUUAAUAGUUAAAUUGUGCAAUAAAUUGUAUUAAAUAUUACAGCUUCAAAGAUGAACAGAGUGGGUGCAGUGAUUAUGCAACAAAUACUGCGGCAAAGGAUGCAGCCAAGGCAGCUGCAGCUGUGCCUUGAUCAGGUCUCACCUGUUGAGCUGCCACACCUGUCAACUUUCACUCAAUUACGAUGCACGUCAACGUCGACGGCGAGCAACAAACAGGUGACACCACCACCUCGUCACGACUGGAAUCGCGCUGUUAGCGAAGCGGAAAGGAUCGUUGGUUAUCCCACAUCCUUUUUAAGCCUGCGCUGGCUGCUGAGCGAUGAAAUUGCAAAUGUGGCGCUACAUCUGCGCAAACUGGUGGGCAGCACGCAUCCGCUAAUGAAGACGGCCAAGCACCUCCUGUACAAUGGCAAGAAUACUAUGCAAGCUUGGGGUCUCAUUGUUCUGCUUGUAUCCAAGGCUGCUGGACAUGCGCCAAGCAUACCCGAUGUGGAGCAGGAUAAGAGCGCCGGGGUGCUCCAUUCACAACGUGCACUAGCAGAGGUCACGGAAAUGAUACGCAUCUCACAUUUGGUCCACAAUAGCGUUGUCAAUUUGCAAAGUGGCACUGAGGCUGGCCAGGAUGCCACCACCUACGAUGACAUGUCCUUUGGCAAUAAAAUAGGCUUGCUCACCGGCGACUAUUUGCUUGGCCACUCCAGUGCGGAGCUUGCGAAUCUCCGUAAUCAGGAAGUUGUGGAGCUCAUUUCGUCCGCUGUGCGAGACUUUUCUGAAUCGGAAUUUAUUGGUGAGCGUGACGAGCAGAACAAUCCACUGCCCUUCAAGCCAGGCACAUUCCAACGCCCUUCGCUUAGCGUCGGUGUCGACUUCAACGAGCACGACGUCAUGACGCCCAUGCCCAUUGGCCAGGUGAUGGGAAAUCCGGAGCAGGAGUGGGAAUGUCGGAAUAUCUUGAAUGCCGGCAGCCUGCUGGGCAAAUCCUGUCAGGCAUCCCUUAAGCUGGCCGGCCAGAGCGAACAGAUGCAAAGGCACGCCUAUCGCUUUGGCAAGCAUUUGGCGUUGGCCUGGCAGGCCUGCCUCGAUGCCGAGAGCUUUCAGUGUCCCACAUUGCCGCUCGAUGCUACCUUCAGUCUGGUCAGUGCGCCAGUGCUCUUCCAUUUGGAACACGAUCCCAGUCUCUACAAGCUGCUCGAGCCGGGCAAGAAGUCCGUCGACCUCAUCGACUACAACCAAAUACACAAGGCAAUCGUUGCGGGUCCAGCACUGGCGAAGACCAAGGAACUGCAGCGAAAGCACACAGCGGCCGCCUUAAGUGUCCUGCAACAUUUUCCUGCUACCGACGCGCGCCAGGCGCUCGAAAACAUCAUCCUGGCCAUGCAGGACUUGUGAUCGACGACCGAAACGGCGACUCA